UUUUUUUUUAAAUGACUUUUUCGCUUAGAAAAAUCUGCUGCAAGAAGCUGUUACUGAAAAAAACUGAAAAGUAUCUACAGUAUUGCAUGCUACAGCCUGAACACGUUUCACGUAUUGCCCGCAUUUCGUAAUGAUCUGCGUUUGUUUCCCGAAGAACAAGCUAAACCAAAUAAAAUGGAGACAUUGCUCAUUAUCAACAAAGCGCAUUAUGGAAUGCCACUGGAAAUAACAAUCACCAACGUACCCUCUCUCUCUCCCUGUGUCUCUCUCACUCACACACACACACAUACACACACACACUCUCUGUCUCGCACACAUUGAGCAGAAGAGCUAUUGAAUCUGCUCCCGGUACGUCCGCAACACUCGACGGCUGAACGAAACAGCCUAAUGUGCGAAUAUUGCAUUCUGGAUCCCCAGUGAUGAAACUGCGACUCGUCUCGAGUCAACGCUAGUCGGGCUAAUGACCUCCCCGGAACUUACGGACAUUUAUUUGUACUGGAAUCGUACGCUGGCGCGCGCCCGGAUUUUUAUCGAGCGCGAGGGACCUCUGUCAGGCGUCCUUGGCGAGUCGGUUGGAGAUGAGUACAUCAAAGUGUGCGCGAAGAAGAGCUGACUGAGAAAAGCAAGCGCCCGCAACAAUAGAGAAUGGGACCAAUGGAAUUUGCGCGACUCCAAUCCUAAUAUGAUCUGCAGGUGGAAUUUGCGGGGGCAGACUUUAUGUUGCCUUGGAGGAGACGCGGGGAUUCAAAGGAGUGGGGGUUUUCUUUCUAAAGAUUGACGACCGCGGCUUCGCUCUCCUGUGGAAUGCGCCGACGUUGCGAAAGCUCUUCAGCCGUAUUGGGUGUUUAAAAUGAUUAUUUUUUUUAGUUUGAGGAGACGCAACAUCGAGAAAGGUCUGCUGUUUUUUUCUUCGGAAAAAUGACUUCAGAACACAAGGCUGUUUGACUGCGUGUUGCAACUUGAACGCGCAAAAAAAAAAAAAAAAAAAACCGGCCUUAUUGAAGAAUUGUUUUGCUUCGUCUCAUUUAACAAAUCGUUUCUUUAUUGGCAUAUUUGUUGAUCACCGAUGAAGUAAAGCGUGAACAUGUAGCCUAAGGUUCGCUAACUACUGGGUGCUUCGGAACAUUCAAUUAUCAUUGUACAACAGAACAAGUCCUCUAUAUAACGGUGAAAGCUGAAGAUUUUGGUUAUACUGCGUUGCCGACCUCACGGCUUUGGGAUUUCUCUCUCCAUGGUGCUGAUGUUCCAGGAAUGGUCGAGACGCUCAGUAUUGCAGUGAUUGGUGCCCCGGGUGUCGGGAAAACUUCAAUUAUCCGUCAGUUUAUCUAUAAUGACUUUUCCGAGGUUUACACCCCCACCAAAUCCAGGUACGUGUACAGGCCCUCGGUGAUUCUGAACGGAAGCAUGUACGACCUGAAGAUUUUGGACGUCCCGCCAAUUUCAUCUUUCCCGGCCAGCACGAGUCAGGAGUGGAUGGACCUGCGGUGCCGGGGCGUGCGCAACGCUAACGCUUACGUCCUGGUGUACGACAUCUGCUGUGUGGAGAGCUUCGAGUACGUGAAGAUGAUCCGGCAGCAGAUCGUGGAGCACAGGGUGGGCAGCAGUCAGGAGGUGCCCAUCCUGGUGGUGGGCAGCAAGCGGGACCUGCAGCGGCAGCGCUUCACGCCGCGGCGGGCCGUCUCCGCGCUGGUGAAGAAGACGUGGAAGUGCGGCUACGUGGAGUGCUCCGCCCGCUUCAACUGGCACGUCACGCUGCUGUUCAAGGAGCUGCUGGGCAUCGCCGUGGCGAGGGGCCUGCGCCAGAACCACACCUCCAUCCGCCUGCAGGGGGCGCUGCAGCGCAACCGCUGCUGCGUCAUGUGACCUCUCGCCCCCCGCCCCCCUUCUCCGCCCCUCCCGUCUCCUCUGCCCCUCCCUUCUCCGCCGCCCCAUCCUGACAUGGGACACGCAACUUAGGAGUGGGGGGGGGGGGGGGGGGCAAUCCUCAACUGCAAAAAGCUGGAAAACACCCAGAGGCCUCUUUUCGUACGCAGCAGGGCUCCCCCCACCACCACUGGUCCUGCUCUGGGCCGCACGGAAUGCUGGAUCUGUGAUCUGUCACUCAGUGCUUAAUUAACCAAUCAGAGCAGUCGAUUAAACAACUAAUUGUCCACUUAGAGCAGUUGCCUGUACAAUUCACUGGCCUCGCCUGGGUUCAUAAUGUCCAAACUGGUUGUUGAUUUUUGACUGUUGUUGAGGUGAAAACACAAACCAGCUGACCCUUGCAGCCCCCCAGGACCAGGGUUGGGGGGGGUUGGGGGUUGGGACUGCCACAGGAAAUGUUUGGUUGUGACGCUGAUGAUGCUGUAUUUUAGUCGGGACUUUGAUCUGCUUUAACAGUGUUUCAGACGGAGGCUCUGCUGUUUCUUUGAGACCUCCCCAGAGUCUGUUUCUCCACCCCCACCCCCCCACACACAUACCCCCCCCCCCCCCCACCCCCCCAGGCUACCAGAAGAAUCGCGAGGCUAGUACAUCUCUUCUGCUCACCGCUCCUCGUCCGUUGUUUAAUCCAAGGAGAGAAUCGUAAAGCACCUGUGGCUGUCAGCUGUGGUGCGUGUGGCGUUCUCGCCCCCCCCCCCCCCGUCGCACGCUACCUGCCCGCACUGCGCACCUGUCUUCGCCCAGUCUAACAAGCCCAUGAAAAAUGAUCAGAAGGACACAGACGAGUGGCCUGUGACGCUUGACGCCUCACACAGCUCACAUCACAGAGGCCUACAGAGACUGGGCAUGGAGGGUUGCAUACGUAAUAAGGAGCAAUCUGUGUAAGUGUGGUCACAUCAUCUCACCAAGUACACACAGACACAGACACAUGCACACACACACAAGUGCACACACGUGCACGCGCACACAUGCACACACAAAGCAUGCUACGUAGGAUUAUAAGCACUGCACUCAAACUUAGCUUUAAACCACUCCACUUCUCCAGUCUUCUGAAUCAGUGAUGUCAAAAGUGAGAGAGAGAGAGAGAGAGAGAGACAGAGACUAAUUCCAUCUCCCUUUGUUUUUUCUCAAAAUCCCCUAAAGUCUGCUUCUGAAGAGAGGGAACAGGUGGAUCGGUGGUUCAGUGUUUGAUCUGCAUGCCUCGUUGUUUUGUUAAAAUAAGCGUGUGAAUGGGACUUGUGCUAACAUAUCACCGGUGUUCAGCUGCGUGGGAGCCGGAGUCCUCUAUGCAGGCAGUAGCAUCCAGCUCCACAGAGCUGAGCGAGUGUCAAAAAGACAAAUUGAUACGAAUAUUUGCCACAAGAUGGCGCUCUUGCAUAGAAUUACCAACCACAGGCGCGCGCUAGCUUCGCGUGUCUUUCCAGGAGACUAGCAAUAUUCGGCUGAAAUGCCCUUCCUGCCGGGGCCUUCAGAUAAAACUAAAUCCGCCAAACUCUGGGAGGGGAAUGUUUAAAAAUAAAUCCCUCAAUCUGAUGUGCCGUUUUUUUUUCUUUCCUGUCGGCACUGAAAUAUUU